AUGGAUGUUUACAAUAAUAGUAAGGUGUUUGACGUGUUUUAUGACAUGUUAAAGAUGAUACGAGAAUCCGGCCGUCGAAACCCCGAGGCGGCUUCUACGGUGGUCCGUGAUGGAGAGCAGUACGAGCAGAUGUCUAAUUUACAAAACAUGGAGAUACCCUUCAGUGGUGAAGAAUGUUUCGGACAAUAUGUCGAUUUACACGAGUUUUAUAACAGGUAUAUUAAUUCUAAAUUCGGUCACCCUAUCAAUUAUGUGGUUUUUCUUGAUAGUUUUCCUACAAUUGAUAUGAUUCCUUCCAAAUACAAGGCAACUGCACAAUACAAGGACUAUAUGGAGGGUGUGCUCGCGUACUUGGUGUCUUUCUUGGAUCGUACCAAGCCCCUGAUGUUCCUAGACAGAGUGUUUAAGAUCGUCGAAUCUGAGUUUGAGGCGCGUUGGACAGUUGAAAGAGGUAAAAAGCGGCCUAGGACAACGACUACUGUCGAUGAUGUUAUCGAGCAGUUUGAUGCAUAUGACACGGUUGAGAGUCUAAUUGAGAUCAAGGACAAUAGUCACAAGCCAAAAUUGACUGAAAUAUGA